UUUAUGGUUUUCCAACGUCUAAGGCUCCGUUCAGCAUGCUUUUUUGUCACCUUGGAAGAAUUUUAAGAAGAACUCAGUGGAAUUGUACUCUCAAGGUGAGUCGUACGACCAUAAGUAGAAGCUCUGCAAAGUUUUCAAACAGCGAUGCUGGGUUCUGCGAAGCACUUGAUUGUAUAAAAACUAAACUAGAGCCUUUGAAAAAAACUCAAAUCUUUCUUGGAACGGGACAGUAUUAUGCCCACGAAGCAAAUGAGAGGAUUGUAGUGCUGUCUUUAGGAGAAAGUGGUUCAUUGGAUGCGCCAUUGGAGCUCCUUGACACAGGGAUCCCGUCAGAAGAUAUACACAAACUAGAGAAAGAAAUCAUAAAGCUUCCCCAAUGCUCACUUCUGGCAUCUGGAGAAGUUGACAGUGUUCAUGAAGAGCCUUGGAAUUUUGGUUUUAUCAGGAAACCUAACUUUUCCAUCUUUUGUAAGUUUGGGUAUAAUGUUAUUAUCAAAGAGCUCAAUGCUGGUCCUGCCUUUAGAGUCUUUAAUGGCCCUUUAUUUGAAGAUGUUUAUCUCCGAAAUGUCAUGAAUUUGCAAAUUAAACUAUCUGAAGAACCUUGGCAUGAAAGGAAGUUAGAACUUUUAGUUAAAAAUGGAGAACCAUUGACAGUCCUUGAAGAUUUGAGAGAAGAAGGAUUGAAAGACCUUGGGGAGGUUAUGACGUCGACGGAAUGGAUGGUCAAGGCAGCUGGAUAUAUGUGUCUUAUGGCAAGGCAGAUAGGAAAUAGUCCCAGGGUGUCUCUUAGGCUGCCGGAGGAGUUGCGAGCUGAUAUGAAUCCAUGGGUCGAUCUCAGAAAUAAGGCAUGGAUUGAUAGAAUCAAUGAUGAUGAAGAGAAAGCAAAAUAGUUCAGAUCUUGACUCAGUAGUAAACAGAUUAUUUGUAAACUAAUUCAGAUUUGUCUCGUAAUAUUUUAUAAUAUAUAAUGUUUAUAAACAUUGAUAUUGUGAUGUUAAUGUGCAAACCAUUUUAACAGUGUUUUUGACUUUGCUUUAUUGGAUUGUAUAAUAGAUUUAUGCAUGGCAAUUUAAGAAAAUCAACCAAAAUAAAUUAUGUCAUUG